AUGGCAUUCCGAAUUGCUUCUAGGCGAGCUGGCGCCUCGCUGCGAGCGCCCCGCGUCAACUGCGUGUCGACUCGGUUUGCUUCGUCGGCCGCGGCGGCGGUGCAGGGCUCAAGUCUCCCACAAGAUGUGAAGGACUCGAUAGCUCGUGAUGCGACAUUGGCGACUCCAGACCCUCCAGCGGGCUCCAAAACCGCCGGCCUCGUCGGCCAGCAGCUACCAUACAUGGUCCCGACUUAUGUCCGCCCACCACCAAUGUUCGAGAAGGGCGAGGGGUGCUACAUGUGGGACGUUGAGAACAGGAAGUACCUAGACUUCACAGCUGGUAUUGCAGUCAAUGCUCUGGGGCAUUGCGAUGCUGGUGUCGCAGAGGUUAUUGCUCAGCAGGCAAAGCAGCUCAUGCAUACAUCAAACCUCUACCACAACCCUCACACCGGUCUGCUCUCGAAGCAGCUCAUUCAGCUCACGCACGCGACCGGCGGCUUCGCCAGCGCAACCAAGACGUUCAUCUGCAACAGCGGAUCCGAGGCCAACGAGGCUGCUAUCAAGUUUGCGCGCAAGACCGGAAGGUCUCUGCAGCCAGAUGGAAGCAAGCAUGAAUUCCUCUCGUUCCACAACUCCUUCCACGGCAGGACCAUGGGAAGUUUGAGCGCCACACCAAACCCCAAGUACCAGACACCCUUCUCCCCAAUGGUGCCGGGGUUCAAGUAUGGAACGUACAACGACAUCGAAGGCAUCAACAGUCUGGUCACAGAGUCGACAUGUGGAGUUAUUAUCGAGCCCAUUCAAGGAGAGGGCGGUGUCAACGUCGCAACACCCGAGUUCCUCCUCGCCCUUCGCAAGCGCUGCACAGAGGUCGGCGCGGUCCUGAUCUACGACGAGAUCCAGUGUGGUCUCGGCCGUACAGGCACUUUCUGGGCACACGCCAUGUUUCCCAAGGAGGCCCACCCAGACAUCGUCACCACGGCGAAAGCUCUCGGCAAUGGCUUCCCCAUCGGUGCUACCAUCGUCAACGACUUCGUCUGCGACCACAUCAAGACCGGCGACCACGGCACAACGUUCGGUGGCAAUCCACUCGGUAGCCGCGUAGCCUCGUACAUCCUGUCUCGCCUUUCAUCGCCGGAGAUCCUGGACGCUAUCCCAGCAAAGGAGCAGGCGUUCCGCAAGCACUUCAAUGCUCUGCGCCAGCAAUACCCAACCCAAAUCAAGGAGGUUCGCGGUAAGGGCCUGAUUCUGGGUCUCCAGCUCGACGCUGACCCCACGGAAAUCGUCACUGCUGCUCGUGAGCGGGGCCUGCUCAUCAUCACCUGCGGCACCAACACAUUGAGGUUCGUGCCUCCUCUGACCAUCACCGAGGCGGAGAUCAAUGAGGGUAUGCAGAUUCUGGGCCAGGCGAUGAAGAGCGUCUGGGUCAAGGGCGAGGAGGUCGAGGGCACAGAUGGCCAGCAAGAGAUGCGAUGA